CUUAGCUACACCUCUCCUUGCUUCUUGUCAUCAGCCUUCUAGAAGCACAGCCCUUCUGAGGCUCACUCGUCGAAGCGCAUCAGCCUAUCCUUUCACGCCACGCUCGCUUUCUGCCACAAUCCUCGUGAGGCAGAAAAUGGAAGCUUUUCUUCGCGAGGCUGAAGCUAUCGUUUUCGAGCUCCGCGUCUCGCCAUGGAGCGCAACGCCUGUGCGGCGCGUCGCCUCGCUGCGGGCCUGGGGCUCGUUGCGAUCAUCUUCAUCGCACAAGCCGGCGCCACUGACGCUCAGACGUUCCGCGCAACGGUCGUCAACUUCUCGGGCGCCAACGACCCCAGCGCGGCCACAGGCGUGGUCUUCGACGCCGCCGCGCCCUGCAGCGAGGUGCAGCCCUUGAUUUUCAGCGACGAUGCGACGGUCGGCGACAGCCUGCGACUGCAGGUCAAGUGGGACGCGUCGCCGGACGUUCUCGCCAGUGCCCCUGAGGGCGCCGUGGCGGCGGGCUCGUGCAGCAGCGUGUCGCUCUUCGCCGACCCGGGCUGCGGCGCCAGCCCCAUCCUCACGCUCGCGCGACCCUCCAAGGUCGACGGCGCCUACCCCGCCACGGAACAGACCCUCACCGGCUUGCCUGCUUCAGUCAAGUGCGAGAUCAGCACGGGCAACCAGCCCGAGACUUCCCCAACAGCAGACGAACCCGUAACUUCCCCACCAGGCGACCAGCCCGUGAUAUCGCCACCAGACGCGUGUGCCGGCACGGACUGCGGAAGUGCUACCUGCGUUUUGAAGAAUGGCGCUGCUGAGUGCGCGUGCAAGGAGGGCCUUGUCUUCAACGCAGCAACCAAGCAGUGCGAUGGCGUGUGCAGCAGCAAGCCCUGCGGGGCGGAGGCUGACUGCGUGGUGAAGGCUGAUGGCACCCCCGACUGCGUGUGCAAGCUGGGCCAAGUCUUCAACGCACCAGACAAGACGUGCAAAACUCCCCCCUCUCCCUGCGUGGCCGCGCAGUGUCCGCCGCUCUCCUCCUGUGCGGUGGUCAACGGCGCUGCCAAGUGCUCCUGCGACAAGGGCCUGGAGAUGAAGGACGGCAAAUGCGUCGCCACGUCAGGCACGGGCGAGCCUGCGGCAGACCCAUGUGCAGCAGCCAAGUGCCAGGUGAACUCGCAGUGCACUGUGGUGAACGGGAAGGCGGAAUGCUAGUGCGUUGUAGGCUACGCCUUGAAGAACGGCCUCUGCACCGGCGACUUGAUGCGGACGACGGUGCGGCUGCAGCAGGCGCGGAACGAGCGGCGCUCGGAGCAGACCGUCACCCUCAACUCCAACCCCGCCUCCACCCUCGGCCCCAGCCUCGGAGUCGGCUCCAGCGCCGUGUAUCAGCCGUGCAGCGACGUGAGCCUGCCGGUGAACCUGGGCGGCAACACCAAGAUCACCAUCGCGUGGGACUCCGCCAAGGUCGCCGGGGCGGGCGACGCCACUGUUGGAGAUGGUUCGGCGCUGUCCUACCCAACGGCAGACCUACCCUAAUCCAGCGGCACGAUGGCGGCACUAGGUGCGGAGGAGGAACGGUGAUGCAGCGAUAUGCGGUGGGAGCACGGAAGAACCGUGGUUGAGGAAAGCGGGGAAGAUGAGAGGUGGAAAUGAGGAGGAAGAAGUUCACAACUGCUGGAAAUGUGACGUGAGGAAUCAGCAGCUACUAGAAGUGUUGUGCGGGGAAUUGCAGGUUGGAAGAGGAGUGCAUUCGGUGCACGUUCAGUGGAACCGAACUUAGUGUCGGUUUCGGUGCCAAACCAACGCGGAGCGCGUUCAGUUUCGGUGGAGUGCGACUUGGGGUGACUCGAGGCGCACACGUUACAGCGAGACGCACGCAGUGUUACGAAGCACGAUGAAAUCCGAAAUGCAUAUAUGU